AUGACAUUUUGGUCUUUCAAUGCUCGAAGUAUCGUGAAUAAAGAUAGAGAAUUAAGGACCCGAUUGUCAUCUUAUGAUUAUGACGUGAUUGCCGUGACAGAAACCUGGCUAGAUUCUUCGAUUAACGAUGGUGAAAUCUUUCCUAGUUCCUAUCAAGUUAUUAGGAAAGACCGGUCAAGAAGCGGGGGUGGAAUAUUAGUAGCAUGCAGUCAUCAUUUGAGUGUUAGAAGACGUUUUGAUUAUGAAACCGAAUGCGAAGUGCUCUGGUGCGAGGUUGUCAUACCAAAUCCGCUUACAACCAUGCUAGUGGGAGUUUUUUAUCGGCCGCCGUCGACAGACUUGAACUAUAUGCAAGAACUGGAAAAAUCUUUAUCGAUGAUUGAACGUAAUGGCAAAAACUUAACACUUGUAUUACUUGGAGAUUUUAACUUCCCAAAUAUUAAUUGGUUCGCUCCGUCGCCUUCGACUUUAUGCACCGACGGUACUUCUGCAUAUUUUUGUGACAUGAUCGAUGACAACUUUUUACAUCAAAUGAUAAAUGUACCUACUCGAAAAGGUAACAUUCUUGACCUUGUCCUUGUAAAUAAACCAGAAUUAAUGCUUUGGUCAAACGUUUGUGAAGGCUUAGCUAACUCUGAUCAUGAUUCUAUUGAAUUUGCACUGAAAGUUAAGAUUGCUCGCCGUAAAUGUAGUCCCAGACUAGUAUACGAUUAUAAAAAUGCUGACUGGGACGGUUUAAAAGAGGAUUUUAGAAAUAUCCCAUGGAACUGUAUUGACUUGGUAUCGGAUAUUGAGGUUGUUUGGAGUUCGUGGAAGAGUUUGUUUUUCAAAGCUGUUGAACGUAAUAUCCCUUCCAAAUUCCUUUCGUCUAAGCGGAAUGUUCCUUGGUUUAACUCGGACAUUAAGAAAUUAAUUCACAAAAAACAAAGGCUAUGGAAAAUAGCGAAAUCCUCUGGGAGUCCUAAUAAAUGGUCCAAUUAUAAAAAAUUGAAUAAUGAAGUUAAAGAUAAAUUAAGGAAAGCUUACUUCAGAUAUGUUAAUAAUCUUACAAACUCCCUUGGGGCGAACCCAAAGAAGUUUUGGACUUUUGUCAAGUCCCGCACAGGUACAUCAAGUGUUCCAAAAACAAUCGAAUUUAAUGGCCUUAAAGGGUACAGUCCUUCAUCAAUUGCCCAUCUUUUUAACACAUUUUUUCAUUCUGUAUUCAAUAAACGUGACGAAUCAUCGGUCCCGUACUACACAUUGUAUACAAAUCAUGUCAUUAAAAACUUGGUAUGUUCAGUAGACGAUGUUGCUAGUCUAUUAUCUGAAUUAGAUAUUACUAAAUCUUCCGGUCCAGAUAAAAUUUCACCAAGGAUUUUAAAAGAAUGUGCUUAUGGACUCGCUCCUUCCCUGACUCGUAUAUUCAAUUUAUCACUGAGUACUGGUGAGUUACCUAACGACUGGAAAACGGCAAAUGUAGUACCAAUAUAUAAGGCAGGUGAACGUGUUAUGGCUGUAAACUACCGUCCAAUCUCUCUCACGAGUAUUGUUGUUAAAACCUUAGAACGCAUGGUUCACAAACAUAUUAUGAAUUUUCUCUCAGAGUUGCGCCUAUUAUGUGAAAACCAACAUGGCUUCAGAAGGUUUCGAUCAUGUCUUACGCAACUGCUACAGCUAGUACACCACUGGUUCUCGGUGCUGGAUAAACAAGGCGCAAUUGACGUUGCAUUUUUAGACUUUGCGAAAGCGUUUGACAAAGUAUCUCAUCCACAUCUCAUCAAUAAGCUUAAAUCUUAUGGAAUAAGUGAUCCGCUAAUAAAAUGGAUAAAUAAUUUUCUAUCUGGCAGAAAACAAAGGGUUGUGAUUGAUGGUCAUCAAUCAAAUUGGUUAGAGGUCACUUCAGGAGUUCCCCAGGGAAGUAUCAUAGGACCUUUAAUGUUUCUUGUUUACAUCAACAACUUACCUUCAAGUGUGACUAGUAAUGUCGACCUUUUCGCUGACGAUAGUAUUAUUCAUCGUCAAAUUUCUACAAGUAACGAUUGCGUCCUUUUUGAAGAAAAUUUGAAUCAAGUAGGAGAUUGGUGUGAUGCAUCGUUAGUCCAGUUGAAGAACGAAAAAUGUCGAAUUGUUCAUGUCACAAGGCAAAAAAACCCUUUGAACUAUGAGUAUAAUCUUGUUGGUAUACCAUUACAGAGUGUUGCACAACAUAAACACCUAGGGGUUUGGUUACAAUCUUCAUUAUCUUGGGAAUAUCACAUUAGCUCUAUCUGUGGACGAGCUAAUCGGAUCUUGGGUUUAAUACGGAGAACAUUUGGCUACAAAAAUCGAAAAGGCGUUGAGGUUGCCUUUAAGUCCUUAGUAAGACCAAUUUUAGAAUAUUGUUGCCAAGUAUGGAAUCCAUACUUAAUUAAACAUGUAAAUGCAAUGGAAAAGAUUCAACGGCGAGCUACCAGAUUAAUAUGUGGCCCAGAUCAACCCUAUACGGAAAGACUAAAGAAGCUCAAGUGGCCGUCGCUUGAGUUGCGUAGAAAGUACCUUUGUCUUGUUCAGUUAUAUAAGAUCAUGUUUGGUUUGUGUGAUAUUGACAAAUUUAAAUAUCUGGAUAUUGUGGGAGAAUCUCGUACUAGAUCAAGACAUAGAUAUAAACUAAGACCAAAGCAUGCACGUACUAAUUACUUUAAGUUCUCGUUUUUCAAUCGCUAUAUUUCAGACUGGAAUUCUUUGCCAUCGGAUGUUGUGGAAGCCACUUCAUUGUCCAGCUUUAAGCAAAAACUAAUGUCGUUUCUACUCCUGAAACAAUGUUAA